AAAUAGAUAAACAGAAAAGAAAAUGAACAACGAGUGGGUCUCCUUGAAUAUUAUUUCUAAAUCGUCAAAGCUGUGACCUUUGCCUUUUGAACACAGCCUUCAAAUCUCCGCAUCUGUUUCCCUUCAACAAAUAUUUCCCCCAAAUCUCUUUUCUUCUUAUCCUCAAAUCCCGAAUACCUCUGGUACCCUAAAAUCUAGAAAAAGGGAAAAAGAAUUAAAAAAAAAAAAAUUGAUCUUUUAUCCAAUUCCUUAUAUAAAUUCCUAAGUUAUGAACUGGGUUUUCCAUUCUUUUGCUUCUUGAUCCUUGAUAUAUAUAUAUAUAUAUAUUUAUAUAUAUGUAUAUGGAAGUUUUAUUCCAUUGCUGCAACACAUUCUUUAUUACCAGUUUCUUUGAUCUAGUUUCUGCUUAUGGAUAUCGGUGGUGGUUUUGAAGGGUGUGGAAUUGUCAAACGUGUUGCACGCUUGAUUGUCUCCGUCAUUACUGGCACUGUGAUUCUUCUCUUUGCUCUCGCUGGAUGUUUUACCGGAGCUAUUGCUGGUGCUUUUGCUGGUAAGGCUUCCGAUAGUGGUGUUCUCCGGGGAGCUGGACUGGGUGCUGUUGCUGGGGCUGUACUUUCUGUUGAGAUUUUUGAGGCUUCCCGAGCUUACUUGUUUCUGGAUCGAUCUGGCUCACGAACCUCAUCAUCCAUGGCGGAUUUUACAGAGGAGCUUCUACGUGGGAGGUUUGUAGACGAACACUUUACACCAGCAAUGCUAACUAAUGCCCAUUGGCAGGUUAGCUUUACCAAUAUUAGUUAUGACGACAUUCAUGAUGUUUACGGGGGAGUUGUAUCUAGAGGGUUGUCAGUGGAUGUGUUGAACAAACUGCCAAGUCAUCAGAUUUUGGAAGAAAGUGAUGCGGCUCAGAGUAUCUGCUGUACAAUAUGUUUGCAGGACCUAGAAGUAGGAGAGAUUGCAAGGUGCUUGCCACGGUGUAACCAUUCAUUUCACUUGGCAUGUGUGGAUAAGUGGCUAGUAAGACAUGGUUCAUGUCCUUUAUGCAGACAGUAUGUGUAGAAAUAUGUGAAAUACGCCAUACGCCUGUAGCUAUCUUCAAGAUGUCUUUAGCUCCAUUAGUGUAGUAUAUUUGCUUCAUUGUAAAUUUUCAUGACUUUGUUCCAGUUUAGGCACAGUAGUUGGAAGCUUUCUGUAAAUUUGUAUCAAUAGUCAUGCAUUUUCUACA